AAUCUGUUUAAGAUAUCUGUGGCACUAAUAAUGCAUAAUGCUGUGAUCAUGAAUUUGAAUUCGUGAAUUAGUCUCUUUCUACGUUUUUUUGUGCAACAACGUACGAUAGUAUUGAUUGUACUUGGUAUUAUUGUUACAUAAUAUAUUGACUAUUAUCAUUAAAUUAAAAUUAGUCAAUAUUGUUUGUAUACAUUUUACGUUUGAAAUUUAAUAUUUAAAAUGUAUUUCAAUAAGUUAUUGAUUCAUGGAUUUUUUUUGGCAAUAUGUGUAACAACUGUGGUAUGUAUGAAGAAAGAUGAAUAUUAUUGUCAAAUGUCUUCACCAUGUGUGUGUGUGAGUGUUGACAAUAAUAAUAUUGACUUGGCUGGUAUCAAUAUAUCUGUAAGCGUUGGUACAAAUUUGACUUUAAAUUAUCAACCGUGUCCCAAUGAACUUAACCAGAGCACAGUUGCCAUUGAAUUAAUAGAUUCUACAAAUAAUAAUACUAUCUCGCUUGCUUAUUAUGAAGAUGUUAGAUUUGAAAUUAGCGAUACAGUAUCAUUGAUUUAUACUAAUGAAACCAAUGAAUUUGAUGUAAUUUUAUCAUGUGAUCCUUCAGCUGUAAGUGGAAAUGAAAUCCUAACUAGCUUCCAAAAUUACACUAACCAUUAUAAAGUUAUUCUUAAAACCAGUAAGGUAUGUGGAUUGAAUUUAAAAGAUGCAAUUGAAAACAACCCCUCAGAUUCUAUGACUUACUUUUUUUCAUUUGUUUUGGUUGUUCUAUUUCUUUAUUUCAUUGGUGGAUCUGUAAUGAAUGCUUGCUUAUUUAAUGAAAUCGGAAUAAAUAUGAUACCACACCACACGUUUUGGUCUUCACUGUAUAAUACCAUCAAGGAUAAGUUAUGUGGUACAUCUAUGAUGGCAUCUGCUUACGAAAGCAUUUAAUUUUUUUUAUUUAAAUUAAUAUGUCUAUUUAUAGCUUAAAUAUCUUUACAUAGUAAGUUCUGUGAACAAUUUACUAUAUAUCAUCAGAUAAGGAUAAUUUGAUUUUUAUCAUUCCUAAUUUUAUUUUGGAUAUUGAUGAAUUUUUAAAUUUGGUUAAC